UUAAAAAUGUACUUGAAUAUAUGUAUACUGCAUUAAGGUUUGCUCACUUGAAACAUGCUGUUUAAUCAGCCCUCCGUGCAAGAAGAAAUGCAAGCUUCCAUGUCUCGCAUCCCCCAAAAACACUUUGUGCUAAGUAUGUUUUGCACUGACAUUCAGAACUCAUCUUUCAGUACUUAACCUGUAGAUCUGCACUGUGCAUCACCCUGGUUGGGUGGCAGCUGUAUCACUUUUCCAGCUGACAUUCCAGCAGAGAUGGAGAUUUCAGGUUGAGAGAGUACAAAUCCGGACCAAGAUAUUGUUUCAACCAACCAGUUGAGUAUAAAGAGUCACAGUCACAGGGUACUCAAUUGGUUAGUUGAAACAAAAUUUUGGUCUGGAUUUGUACUCUCUGGACCUGAAGUCUUCACCUCUGUAUUCCAGAAGGGUUUUCUCAUAGCAAGCCAUGGUUGCAUAUGAAUGGCAAGCCGACACUGCUAAUGGGGAGAGUUGGAAUGCUGCUGGUGGUCGUCUAAAUGGAAUGACCCUCCUGCAGCUGAUGUUGCCCCUAAAGAUCCCUGCAGCAUUAUUGUGGUCGGCAGCCACGCAACUAGGAAGCAUUUCACUGCCAUCUGGGAUGCUUGCUGUCAUUGCUUGUACCACGACGGGGGAAAUUGCGCUUUAAAAUUUGCUGUCUCUCAGGUCCAUGAGCAUGCCUGCCGUGUGUUCCUGGUGGUGAUGUUAAGAGCAGGAACAUGUGUGGAGCUCAUGUUUUGAUUUGCAGAUUUUAGAUGAAUUGUAGGUGGUAACAUACCUGGAUUCUCAUACUCCUCAGUUACAUCUACUGCAUUCUCAGAUCUCUGCAGCAUGUAAGAAACUGCAAGGUGGAAGAUGAUGAUGUCCUUUAGCUGUCCUUAAGCAUAUAUCCUUAAACAUAUUUCUAAGUAGCAACCAGCUGCUUGUCUGUGUAAUAUACAUGUACUGUGCUUGACAUUCCAGAUAAUUCCGUUAUUUCCACUUGUGUAGUAAGAGGAAGAAGAUGGGGCAUAGUUGGGGGUGGGUAUCUGUCCAGCGUCCUAAACCGAGCUGGUGUACGUCCCUGCCAAAGUCACUGAGCGUUUUCCCCUCUCGGCUUCCACUCCGCCAGGUAGGGACGUGGUGAGAAGUUUGGCUGGAUGGUCUGACCGGCCCAGGAAUGAACGUAAGCACCACUGCGUGCGUUUCUGGGUGCGAGGUGCUGAGCUGACAAGGUCCUUAUUGUACAGAGGUGCCCCCACUGCCCUCCCUUCCCCCCACCUUUUUUUCGGUUUCCUUUGAGGGCAUGUCGUUGGGCAGCCGCCUUUAAGCCAUGCCUCAGGAGCAGCAGAGCACCCUCACAGAAGUCGCACAGGAAGCAUGGCUGCAGGCUGCAUCUCCACACUCCUCUGGCUGACCGUCCUGAGCCUUUGCCUGGCCGCUGCCUACUCAGAGACCGGGGCUGAUGCUGCCCCCACGGUACCACAUGAUGAGCCCGAGAUGUCAUCCGGCGGUGGGGUGUAUGACAUCACUACCAAGGGUCCCUUCCAUAAACACCCGGAAACCACCUUCACGUUCGACUAUGAGGACACCACCCAUACCCAGGAUGGACAUGGAGAAGCAGGUGUCCUCAGCCCUGGUGCCAUCACUGCCAUCGUCAUCGCUGUGAUCCUGGGAGCCUCUGUGCUCAUCGCCCUCAUCGUCAUCACGCUGAAGAAGUUUACCGCUGCCUAGAACUGCCAUGGCCGCCUACCCCCCGCCGUAACGCCGACCGGGGUCCAUUAGGCCCCACCUCCGCUCUACCAUAUGACUGGGGAAGGGUGACAUGAGAGUACCAGGUGGUGUACUCUGGGGUGGAGAUCCACAGCGCCACCUAAUGUCCUUGCAAUGUCAUGUACUUGCCAUGUGUAUAUUGAGAAACUCUUUUCCAUCCCAUCUGAGCAGCAUUUUUGGAUACCUUAAAAUAUAUUAUUACUAUUUGUUUAUGUUUGCAGCUUUGCUGUCCUCCGGUUUUACUUUCACUUCUUCGAAGAGAAAUAUUAAGAGUGUUGCCCACCUUUACAUAGUAUGGGGGUGUUUUGAGGCAACAUAAUUUACCCCAAGCACCUUGUUCUCACUGUAACAAAAAGCUAAUGCUAACCAAAUUGAUACCCUCAUAACCCUGAGAGAGAGACAUUAUGCUAUGCGGGGAGUGUAUUCAUAGUAAAACCCUCCCAACGCGUCAUGGCGUGGAUGAUACUGUUGUACAUAAUGGGAGUCAGUUUGAGCCAACCACAAUUACUGUGAUUUUACUUCAGUUUAGGGGGAUUUUUGACAUGAAACUAUAGAUUUUUAUGCUUGGCUGAUACUGUUGAUCCAGUAGGUAAAAUGUAAGCUGAUUUCUGUAGUCAAUCUAGUGCUGUAUAGAUCUGUAAAUAAAUACUUUAUGUUAA